ACAGAAAUAUCUACCUCUAUCUAAACCGGUAACUCUAACUUGGAACCGGCUUUCGCGUUCGGCUAGGACAUAGUCAGGAUAAACGGUCAAAUAUAUUGCUCUUUUGCAAACAGAGACAUCAUCCUCGACCAUUUCUGUGUCUGUCUCCCAUUGAAGAUGUUUUCCACGGCCACAAUAAACUUUGUGGAGGAGAUAGGUGAUAAUGAUGGCAGCUUGAUCCCUGUGUCCAGUCUGAUUGACUCAGACAAACUGGUCCCUCUCUCACUGGUUGUGAAACGCAAGCGUUUUUGGAUUUGGCAGAAACCCAAGUACCUGCCCACUGAUUUUACCCUCAGUGAUGUGCUGACUGGAGACACACCCUUAACCCCAGUUGUGGUCAAGACUGAUUUCCUAAAGUACCAAGGGACAUUUGGUGACAACAAAUCAGGAAACUUUGAGUCAAAUGUGGUUGCUGUAAACCUUAAAGUGGAGGGGAAAGACACCUCUAAACUGCAGUCGUCCUUCGGCAGCCUGAAGAAAGAGGAGGUGGAUGUACAGAAGUUGCUGCGCGACUCCAAAGACAAGCUUUUGGACAUGUCCCACUGUCUGAUCCAGCAGACCCGUGAGAAGACCAGGGAGGUGUUUGCGGUGGUGAAGGAGAGGAUUGUGACGACCCAGCCGUGUUCGGUCAUAGAGGAGGUCCAGCAGGGGGGGCAGUUGGGGGAGCUGCUGACCUUCUGUGGGCCCAAGAGUACCCAGGUGUCUGUGAAGGAGAACAGCAGUCUGCACAAAGACAGCAACGUAUUUCUGGAGAUUCCUGCCCAUACUGUCAUCGCUUACUCCAUUAUAGAGCUGCAGAUCAAACUCAAUGGACACUAUGAGCUGUGCCUAAUGUCCGACACUCUUGGGGGGUUUGAGGUGGAUGGGCCCGUUAAGAAGAGCUUAGUGGGGGUGUCUGGCGCUCACGAUGACACCCUAAAGAAGAGCUGCUUUCAGAGAGAACUGGAGAAACUGAGUGGUCAUUUCCAGCAGCUGUCAGUCCUGCCAGCAGCCACACGUUCCUCCCUGCUCCAGCUCCUCAAGACAACCAUGGAGGACAGAGAGGCAGUCAGUGUGCUGGAGAGUGUGCUGGACCAGAUGUGCACAGGUAAGAUAGCUGACCUGGGUGAGGUUAAGGAAGCGUCUCAGAUGCAGACAGUCCAGGCCAUACUGGACCUUCUAGAGCAUUCCGACUCCAGCCCGACACCCUCCCUACUCAGUGAUUCCAGCCAGACACCCUCCCUCCUCAGUGCCACUCAUCCCAUUAUCAGUGCCAUGGAUGGAAUGACAGAUGAGGGUCUCUCUGUGUUAGGAUCGUGUUGCAGUCCUCCAGUCUUACAGGCCCUGCAGAUCCUGGUGCAGCAUGUGGCAGCAGGGAGUGGGGAGACCCUCUCUCUGAGAGAUGCAGGUCUGGCUGUUCUGACUGAGGAGGAGGUGUUUGGGAGGACAGAGAGUCUCUUUGGUCACUCUAAAGUUACACUGAAGAGAGAAGAGGACACACUGAGGACAGAGAUGAAGGACCAGCCUGGAUACCUUCCUCUAGUCAUGAGUAUCACUGUGAAAGGCCUGGCCUCUUUAGUGUAAGGAGAGAGACUGAGUAAGAGAAGGAGGAGCGGUUUCCUUCCUCUCCGGCAACUGAGUUAGGAAGGGCGCCUGUAUCUUUGUAGCGACUGGGUGUAUUGACACACCAUCCAAAGUGUAAUGAAUAACUUCACCAUGCUCAAAGGGAUAUUCAAUGUCUGCUUUUUUUUUUACCCAUCUACCAAUAGGUGCCCUUCUUUGCGAACCAUUGGAAAGCCUCAUUGGUCUUUGUUGAACCUGUGCUUGAAAUUCACUGCUCGACUGAGGGACCUUACAGUUAACUGUAUGUGUGGGGUAGUCAUUCAAAAAUAAUAUUAAACACUUAUUGCACACAG